UCUCUCUCAUUCCUUUCCUAAGUGUGUUCCAUAAACUUCUCUUGUUUUCUCUGUUUUUUCAUAAUCAAAUGGGUGGUAAUACUACUUCUCCUUGUGCUUCAUGCAAACUCCUUAGACGCCGUUGUGCUAAGGAUUGUAUCUUUGCUCCUUAUUUCCCUUCACAUGAUCCUAAAAAAUUUGCAAUAGUUCACAAGGUUUUUGGUGCAAGCAACGUUAGCAAAAUGCUCCAGGAACUUCCUAUUCAACAAAGAGCUGAUGCAGUAAGCAGCUUAGUAUAUGAAGCAAAUGCAAGAGUGAAGGACCCUGUUUAUGGUUGUGUUGGAGCAAUAUCAUACCUUCAAAACCAAGUUUCUGAGCUUCAAAUGCAGCUUGCAGUAGCACAAGCAGAGAUACUUUGCAUCCAGAUGAAACAUGAUGAUCAGCCUCUAAUGCAAAAUCAAGAAAUAGCCCUUGAUCAUAAACCUUAUGAUCUCCCUCAGUACUUCAACUUUCCUUCUUCAAGCAAUGUAAUUCAUCAUGAUUCUUUCUCAAGAGAGAGAAUUUUUUGAUUUUUUGAUGUGACAUGGUUUCUUGAAUGAAAAAUGUUCACAUGG